AUGAACUCAUCAGAUAUAGAAGCUUUAGAUUCCAAAAGAGAAAUCAUUAUAGACUCAGAAUCAGAUAUGCUUGGCAAUCAAAGAAAAAAGAACAAAAGAAGACAUAAGCACCAUAAACAUAAAAAGGAUAGAGUGAUAAAGAAAAAAGAUGGAAUAGAUAGACAAGAAAGAAAAAAACAUAAGAAACAUAAAAGACCACGUAAAGAGAAAGAAAUUGAAAAUGGUUCAUUGGAAGAAAACGCACCAUCUCGUAUUAAUCAGAAAGAAAUUGGUUUGAAUGGCAAGGUCAAAAAUUCUUUAUUAGAAAUUGUUUCUACAGAAGAAAGCGAAGAUGAAAAAUUAGUAGAUCUUGAUUCUGAUGAAGUAGAUUGUAGUAUUAUUGAAGAUGAUAUUGAUUUAGAAGAAUUAAUGAAACAGAAGGAACGAUUACAAGCAUGUUUAGUUCAAUAUUUGUCAGAUGAGUCAGAAAAGGAAGAUAAGGAACCAGAAGAGGAGGGAGAAGAAGAAGAAGGAGAAGAGGAUGAAGAAGAAGAAGGAGAGGAGGAUGAAGAAACAAAAACAGAAACUCCAGAUGUAAUACUCGUAGAAGAUGAUAGUGAAGAUGACAAUAUACUCCAUAAAAAACGACCUAGAAGUGAGUCAGGAAGUAGGGAACGUAAAAAAAUAGCAAGACCUGAAAGACGCGUCGUAGUUGAUAUGAGUAGAGAUCGAAGAAGCCGAGAGGACCACAAAGACAAAAGAAGAGAUUCUGAUAGAAGAAGAGAGGAUAAAAAUCGGCCAAGAGAAGAUAUAAAAAGGGAUGAUAUAAGAAGGGAUGAAAAACGAAAAAUUAAUGAAAGAUAUAAGGAAGAUUCGAGAAAAGAAGAUUCUAGAAAAAGGAUAGAAGAAGAGAGACGUAAAGAUACUAAUAGUAGAAGAGAUGAAUUACGCAAAAGAGAGCACGAUCGAAGGGAGGAAGAACGAGGAGACAGAAAACGAGACUUGAAUCGACAUUUAUCUAGAUCUCAUAACGAUUCUAAGUGUCAAGAUACUAAAAUGGAUAUUAAACAUAUUUCAUCGAGGCGUGAUAGUCGUGAUAGAGGAGACAAUCGGGACCGUCAAAGUAGUCGAGAUCGACAAUCAAGUCGUGAUCGACAUACUAGUCGCGAUCGUUAUAAUCGAGAUAGACCACUAAGUAAAGAUCGUCAUUCCAGUCGUGAUAAAAGAGAUAGUAGAGAACGACAUACUAGUCGAGAUCGUCAUGCCAACAGGGAUACACAAGUUAGUCGUGAUCGUAUGGACACUCGGGAUCGGCGCGAUAAUCGGAAUCAUGAGAAGAUUAGAGAACGAUCUAGAAGUACAAGAAGAUCUCGUAGUCCCCUUAGAAAUAGAAUGGAUAGAGAUCGCAACGAUCGUUAUAAAAGAUCUCGCUCUUUGUCUCGAAGUCGAAGGGAUAGGGAAAAACACGUACGAGAUCAUGAAAGGGAUAGAGAGAAGAAUGGUAAAAAGGAAAGAAGUGAUAAGUACAAAGACUCUUUAUCGGAAGGCCUAAAAGUAGAACGUUUUGACAGUUCUAGCGAAGAAGAGAUCAAGGAUAUUGAUAUCGAAGAAGAGGAAGAUGAGGAAGCUAUUAUCGAACGUAGAAGAAAACGGAGAGAAGAGUUAGUCAAGCGAUUAAGUGGACCAAACGAAGAUUCGAAUAUGUCUGCUGAUGUAACAGCUGUCACUGGAACUCCUCCGUCUGAAAGUCAUUCAAAUACAUCUCAAAAAUCACCAGAGAUACCUUCAAACAAUAAUGAAUCUACUUCUGAGAGUCACACUCCACCACUGCCUGAGAAACCAAAGUCACCACAGCCGGUUAAGAAAAGAAAAUCUAGAUUUGAGGAUGCAUUACCUGAAGAAUCUGAGAAGGUUGAAAAUACACAAAAUACAGAGAAAAUUAAGCAAGAUGAAAAACAAAGUACAAAAAAAACAAAUGAAUGGGAUAUGUUUGCCGAAGCGGACAAUAUUGGUGAUUUUAAUAGUCCUACUGUUGAAGGAAAACGUUUAGGUGGUCCCGACAAUCCUAGUUUAACAGAUAAUUGGGAUGAUGCAGAAGGAUAUUAUCGCGUUCGAGUCGGUGAGACAUUAGAUUCGCGAUAUGUUGUUUAUGGUUACACAGGACAAGGAGUUUUCAGUAAUGUUGUAAGGGCUAGAGACAGUGCUCGAGGCAAUUUAGAUGUUGCAGUGAAAAUAAUUCGGAAUAAUGAAAUUAUGCAUCGUACUGGUCUCAAAGAACUAGAAAUACUUCGGAAACUUAAUGAUGCAGAUCCAGAAGACCGAUUUCAUUGUUUGAGAUUAUUUAGGCACUUCUUUCAUAAAAAUCAUUUAUGUAUGGUAUUUGAACCAUUAGCUAUGAAUUUAAGAGAGGUGUUGAAAAAAUAUGGUAAAGAUGUUGGUCUACAUGUCAAAGCUGUAAGGUCAUAUACACAACAGCUUUUCCUUGCAUUAAAAUUAUUAAAACGAGCAAAUAUUUUACACGCUGACAUUAAACCAGAUAACAUUCUAGUCAGUGAAAGUAAACUGGUAUUAAAACUUUGUGAUUUUGGUUCUGCAUCUCAUGCUCAUGAAAAUGAGAUAACACCAUAUCUUGUAUCAAGAUUUUACCGUGCUCCUGAAAUUAUUCUUGGUAUACCAUAUGAUUUUGGCAUUGACAUGUGGUCUGUUGGAUGCACAAUAUAUGAAUUAUACACUGGAAAAAUAAUGUUUUCGGGCAAAACGAACAAUCAGAUGUUAAAGUUCUUCAUGGACCUAAAGGGCAAGAUGCCUAAUAAACUGAUAAGGAAAGGAACCUUCAAGGAUCAACAUUUUGACUCUAAUUGCAAUUUUCUUUAUCAUGAAGUUGAUAAAGUUACUGAGCGGGAAAAAAUCGUCGUAAUGUCUACUCUUCCGGCUACUCGUGAUCUUAAUGCAGAACUUGGUGGGAAUUCAUUACCGCCCGAACAAAGUCGGAAGGUUGGUCAGCUGAAAGAUCUGCUAGAACGCACAUUGAUGUUGGAUGCAGGAAAAAGAAUCACUGUGAACCAUGCUCUGGCGCACCCUUUUAUACAAGAAAAAAUUUAGGUAACCCUGCCUAGGGUCCUUCUACAACAGAAAAAUUAUUAACGUAAAUUUGUGAAUUUGAAAUAGACACCGCUAACGAUAAUCCGCAUUCACCGAAUACUAUCAAAUAUCAAAUACGGAUAUUGCUAGCCAAAAUGGUGUCUUACAUGAACUGUCUGUAUUGGUUUUAGCAGAAAGAGGCGGCGCAUAGUUUCAAGUGUAACUCAAUCAAGACAACGAAGAGCAUAAAGCAGUAAAUAUUUAUAAUGCAUGUAUCAUCAUAUUGCAACGUUGUACUCUAUCAAUCUGAAAUAACGUAUUAAUUAGGUUUGUUAAGGACUAUUACAGGUCAAUAGAGUGCAAUAUUUUUUAUAAGACAUAAUCAAUUUUCGUAAGGAAGUAAAUUGCUUCCUACUAUCUGUUAUAUAAACAAUUUUAGCGGGAACAUAGAAUUUUACUAUUUAAACACAUUCACAGAAUUUCAUAACGUAUUACUUAAAUACGUAAUUAGGUUAUAUGCGUUUUUAUUUUUGUCUUCAAGUAAUCAAAUUAUUGUGAAUUAAAAAGUAAUGAGCUCACGUUAAAAAGAAAAAAAAGAUAUAUUCUUACCAAUCUUAUAAAUACUUGGUACCUAAAAGUAACGUUGUUCUUAGGUGAAUGAGUCAGACUGGAAAAAGUGACCGCCUCUUUCAGCAUGAACUGGCCAUCGAUACUUAGCAUUAUGGUGGUAUGUGGUAAUUUUCUUUUUUUUCACUUUUCCGAUUUAAAGCGCGACUUCCUUACGGAUAGUAUCUCUUAUAAAUUAUUAUACAGUACAUUAACACUAAAUAUUUAGUACUAAAUAUUUGUUAUUUCAUAACAAGAGAUUGUAAGACUCAAAAAUUUCAUCACACAGUUCAGGAACGGUCUUUUUUGUUCUCUUACGUCAGCGAUGCACAAAAAUGGCAUUCGCUAUUAGAAACUUAGCGACAAAGAAACUUGGUGUAUAAUCUGAAGAAAAAAGAAAUUGUAUAAUAAGUAGGUCAACUAUUGAAAUAAAAAUACAAAUGCUUAACAGAAA